AUGUUCAAAAAUGUUAUACCUACUGACACAGGAGAGAGUACAACGCCUGCCACAGGAGAGAGCACGACGCCCGCCGCGGGCGAGAGCACGACGCCCGCCGCGGGCGAGAGCACGACGCCCGCCGCGGGCGAGAGCACGACGCCCGCCGCGGGCGAGAGCACGACGCCCGCCACGGGAGAGGGCACGACGCCCGCCGCGGGAGAGAGCACGACGCCUACCACAGGAGCUAGUUCAACGCCUGCCGCAGGAGGAGAGAGCACGACGCCCGCCACAGGAGAGAGCACGACGCCCGCCACAGGAGAGAGCACGACGCCCGCCACAGGAGAGAGCACGACGCCCGCCACAGGAGAGAGCACGACGCCCGCCACAGGAGAGAGCACGACGCCCGCCACAGGAGAGAGCACGACGCCCGCCACAGGAGAGAGCACGACGCCCGCCACAGGAGAGAGCACGACGCCCGCCACAGGAGAGAGCACGACGCCUGUCAAGGAAGACGAUACAAUACCUGUCAAGGGAGACGAUACAAUACCUGUCAAGGGAGACGAUACAAAACCUGUCAAGGGAGACGAUACAACACCUGUCAAGGGAGACGAUACAACACCUGUCAAGGGAGACGAUACAACACCUGUCAAGGGAGACGAUACAACACCUGUCAAGGGAGACGAUACAACACCUGUCAAGGGAGACGAUACAACACCUGUCAAGGGAGACGAUGCAAAACCUGUCAAGGGAGACGAUACAACACCUGCCAAGAGAGACCGUACAACACAUCUCAGGGUGUGGUAUCGUGUUGACACAACAUUUUUGACUAUGUGUGAAAUGGAUAUUUGUGUAAGUGCUCGUGAAAGUGUAUAA